CAAUCCUGCUACUGUUAAGAUGCUCAGCAAUCUAAAGGUUCUAGUAAUUGCUGUACUACUGAAGAUGAUAAUGAAGCGACGGUUUUCCAUCAUACAGUGGGAAGCACUUGCGCUCUUGCUGAUAGGGAUUAGUGUAAAUCAGCUGCGUUCUCUUCCUGAAGGUGCUACUGCUGUGGCUGUUCCAAUUGCUACGGGUGCAUACAUCUGUACCUUUAUCUUUGUUACUAUACAUCUUUGGCAUCCGUCUACAACGAGUAUGCUCUAAAGAGCCAGUACGACACAAACAUUU